AAUCGGGUGCUCAUUUUAAAGUUUGUGUCUCGUAUGUAUAAUUAUCCGAUUUUAGGGUUGUCAUUCCCCGUUAAUGGGGGGUAAGGAAUUUCGAGUGACAUCAGGGUGUUUUUAAUGACACCGCAUUGUGCUUAAUUACAGUUUGUUUUAGACCUCAAGAUGGACCUCAAUCCACAGGCUAAAGACAGCACUGACCGUGCAGACCUGGUUUCUGAGGACGGGAAGAACAGAAAGUCUGUCUUGUGUCAACGGUGCGGAUCCAAGGUGCUAUGUCCUGGAAUGGCUGUGUUUGCAGAGAGAGAGCUGAUCCUGCCAUCCAUGCGUAAAAAGAGCAGCCUCAGCUCCACGGAUGGCUCGAUGGACGCGGACACACUGACUGCCCACUGGUUAGUGGGCGAAAUGUUUGAUUUUGAGAAUGUGGGCUUCACUAACGACGUGGGGCGAAUCAAGUAUCUCAUCUGUGCAGACUGUGAGAUCGGACCCAUCGGUUGGCACUGUUUGGAUGACAAGAGAAGUUACUAUGUUGCAAUAGAAAGAGUGAAUCAUGCAUAGUUAAUACUAACUGGGUUUUAUUAAAAUAAUAAUAAAACCCAGCAGAACUUGAAAUGUGCCGACUGGCUUUUAAACCAUCACAGCUGAGACUUCCUCCCACACACACAUUUGAUUCCUACUGCGCAUGGAGAGCUGAGCGAACGUAUUCUUUAAAGUGUAUGAUUAUUGAACUCUAAUAAAAGAUAAAUAUGGUCAA